AUGAAAUCAGUCGUAAUCAAGAACCUUCCACUGUUUAAUCCUCUUAUCAAAUCUUCACUUCUCUGCACAAAUCUCCCUCUCUCUCUUCGAUUCUCACUCUCUAAUCCUCGAUCCACCACCGGAGCCACCUACAUUCGCCGCGGCAAAUCCACGGCGGAGGAACGACACAAACGCGCCGCCGUGAGAAAUACGGUGAUUGCCCCGGCGACUAUUGUGUUGGAUCGAUUCUUUAUAGGAACGUUCGUAGCUUCUCUAUUCGCGUUUGCGUUUCUCUACGUUUUGCGUCGGAGUAGUAACGAUGCGAUUAGAAAUCGGAGUAAGAAGAUUGGUAGACUCGUUGUAUCGAGGAAGGAUGACUCCGGCACCGGCAUUGAUGUCAUCAUCGUCGGAGCUGGUGUCGCCGGUGCUGCUCUUGCUCAUACUCUUGGCAAGGAAGGACGAAGAGUUCAUGUCAUUGAAAGAGACUUGUCUGAGCAAAACAGAAUCGUUGGUGAAUUGCUUCAACCUGGUGGUUACUUAAAGUUAAUAGAACUUGGACUUGAGGAUUGUGUGAAGGAGAUUGAUGCUCAACGAGUUCUUGGUUAUGCUCUCUUUAAAGAUGGGAAGCAUAUUAAACUUCCUUACCCCUUGGAAACGUUUGAUUCGGAUGUAGCAGGGAGAAGUUUCCACAAUGGGAGAUUUGUGAUGAGAUUGCGAGAAAAAGCUGCUUCUCUUUCAAAUGUACGAUUGGAACAAGGAACAGUAACGUCGUUGCUUGAAGACAACGGGACAAUCAAAGGGGUUCAAUACAGAACAAAGGAUGGAGAUGAGUUUAGAUCAUAUGCUCCUCUCACAAUUGUAUGUGAUGGUUGUUUCUCCAACUUGCGUAGGUCUCUUUGCAGAUCUAAGGUGGAUGUGCCAUCUAUUUUUGUUGGUCUUGUUUUGGAGAACUGUGAACUUCCAUUUGCAAAUCACGGGCAUGUUGUUCUCGGUGAUCCAUCGCCUAUCUUAAUGUAUCCCAUAAGCAGUUCAGAAGUCCGUUGCUUAGUUGAUGUACAGGGUCAAAAAGUUCCUCCCAUUGCAAAUGGUGAAAUGGCUAAGUAUUUGAAAACAAAGGUUGCACCUCAGUUACCAACGGAGGUUCAUGAAGCAUUCAUCGCUGCGGUUAAUAAAGGUAAUAUCAGAACUAUGCCAAACCGCAGCAUGCCAGCUAACCCGAUUCCUACUCCUGGAGCUCUUCUUCUUGGUGAUGCAUUCAACAUGAGACAUCCUUUAACCGGUGGUGGGAUGACUGUUGCAUUGGCAGAUAUCGUUGUACUCCGUGAUCUUCUAAGGCCAAUUCAAAACCUUAAUGACAAAGAAGCAUUGUCUAAGUAUAUGGAAUCCUUUUACACACUGCGCAAACCUGUAGCUUCCACCAUUAAUACAUUGGCGGACGCGUUGUACAAGGUCUUUUUAGCUUCUUCCAAUGAAGCAAAAACAGAAAUGCGUGAAGCUUGCUUCGACUAUCUUAGCCUUGGAGGUAUUUGCUCAUCUGGUCCAGUUGCAUUGCUCUCUGGUUUAGACCCUUGUCCCCUAAGUCUAGUUCUUCACUUCUUUGCUGUGGCGAUCUAUGCUGUUGGUCGUCUUAUGCUUCCAUUUCCUACGAUUAAAAGCUUUCGGCUUGGACUUAGGAUCAUCGUGAGUGCUUCAGGCAUCAUCUUUCCAAUUAUUAAAUCAGAGGGAGUUAGGCAAAUGUUCUUCCCUUGUACUAUUGCUGCUAUAUACCGCACUCCUCCUCAAUGACGCACCAGGAGCUACUACUUACAUUGAAAGAUAAAAGCUAUUUAGGCAAACACUAUAACUGUUAAUCAUAUGCCAUAGUGGCUUGAUGAUAAAUUUGUUGGAUAUUUAGGCAAGACAGCUCUUGAAUAACUAUAAUCAUAGCUUCUUAGGUAUAUAUAUGAUUGAGAGCAAUGAGUCUUGUAAGUGCAUUAAUGGGAAACACUUAAGUAAAA